CGGAGACGGAGGGAGAUGGCUCUCAAAAACCUCUCCUACAACAAUCCUUGCGCCUUCCCUUCCCUUUCAUUAUUCCCUUCAAACUCUAACCCUAUUUCCUGCCAUCUUGCGCUCUCUCAUCCUCAUAGUUGGACACGUUACUACCAUUUCUUCCAAUUUUCCAAAACCCUAAGAACUCUCUCUCCUCCUACAGCUCCUCGCUCCAUUUCUUCUUCGUCUCCACACAUCUUCCUCCCUCUUCUCCAGAAAGACGAAGAAGAACGUGCCGAAGAGCAAGGACAAGAUGAAGUAUUAGAGGACCCAAUGCUCCGAUUCUUCAAGUCCCGCUCUGCUACUCAAGACCCAGAACGUGAAGGCAGAAUCCAAUUUCAAAAGAAUCGCCGCACUUCCUGGCAUCUCGCUGAUAUCCAGUCUGUGGGAGGAACUGAAACUGACGUCGAAGAUAAACAUGGAGAAGAAGAAAAUGAACAAUUUGCUUCCGGGGUCUCAAGUUCUUGUCCUCCUGCAGAGGGCAUUGUGGCAGAAAUUCUGCAAAUUGCGAGAAAUACUCCAGAGAAUUCGACGUUGGGGGAACUUUUGGGCCCUUACGUUGGGAGGGUCUCCGAGAGAGGCUGCGUGAAACUCCUGGAGUUGAUGGGACAAGAGGGCUUGGUUAUGGCAUGUUUGUAUUUUUUUGAAUGGAUGGGAUUGCAGGAGCCAUCACUUGUUACCCCAAGAGCCUUCUCUGUUAUGUUUCCAUUAUUGGGUAGGGCAUGUAUGGGAGAUAAAUUGUUGGUCUUAUUUCGAAAUCUUCCGCCGGGAAAGCAAUUUCAAGACGUCCAUAUAUACAAUGCCGCCAUAUCUGGCUUGACGAGCUGUGGCAGAUAUGACGAUGUUUGGAAAGUGUAUCAGACAAUGGAGACGAAUAACAUCCAGCCAGAUCAUGUCACAUGUUGUAUUGUGAUUACAGCAAUGAGAAAAGAAGGUCACAGUGCCAAAGAUGCAUGGCUGUUCUUUGAGAAAAUGAACAGGAAGGGGGUUCCAUGGAGUAUGGAAGUCUUGGGUGCUCUUAUCAAGUCCUUCUGUGAUGAGGGGUUGAAAAAUGAAGCUCUGAUUAUCCAAUCAGAAAUGGAGAAGAAAGGGAUCUCAUCAAAUGCCGUCAUAUAUAACAGUUUGAUGGAUGCUUGCGGUAAAGCCAACCAGGUUGAAGAAGCUGAAGGUCUCUUCACUGAGAUGAGGGAAAAGGGGAUCAAGCCUACCCCUGCCACUUAUAACAUCCUCAUGGAUUCAUACAGCAAGAGGAUGCAACCUGAAAUCAUUGAAGAUCUGCUCCUUGAAAUGCAGGAUGUGGGUUUGGAUCCAAAUGUCAAAUCAUAUACGUGCCUGGUAAGUGCAUAUGGCAGGCAGAAGAAAAUGAGUGACAAGGCUGCAGAUGCUUUCUUGAGGAUGAAGAAAGCUGGGAUAAAUCCAACAUCCCAUUCAUAUACUGCUCUCAUCCAUGCAUAUUCGGUAGAUAAUUGGCAUGAGAAAGCUUAUACUGCAUUUGAAAACAUGAAAAGGGAAGGAAUAAAACCCUCUGUAGAAACCUAUACUGCUCUACUUGACGCAUUUAGGCGGGCAGGUGACACCCAAAAGCUGAUGGAAAUUUGGAAACUAAUGGUCAGUGAUAAAAUUGAAGGGACGCAGAUAACAUUCAACAUUCUUCUUGAUGGGUUUGCCAAACAAGGUUGCUACAUUGAAGCUAGAGAUGUGAUAUCUGAAUUUGGAAGGAUUGGCUUGCAGCCAACAUUGUUAACAUAUAAUAUUCUGAUGAAUGCGUAUGCAAGGGGAGGGCAACACUCUAAGUUGCCACAACUGUUGAAGGAGAUGUCAGCUCUCAAUCUGAAGCCCGAUUCUAUUACAUACUCCACCAUGAUCUAUGCCUACAUCCGUGUUCGUGAUUUCAAGAGGGCAUUUUAUUAUCACAAGCAGAUGGUGAAAAGUAGGCAAGUACCUGAUGCGAAGUCAUAUCAGAAGCUGAGGGCAAUUUUGGAUGUGAAAGCUGCAACAAAGAACAGGAAGGACAAGAGUGCUAUUUUAGGGAUAAUUAAUAGCAGUAUAGGAUUAUCUAAAUCUAAAAGAGUAGGUAAAAAGGAUGAGUUCUGGAAGAACAAGAAAAAACGAUCAAUGACAAGUGGCUUUGUCAAUAAUAGACACUGAAGAUGCCACUCUAUCCCACUGUUGUCAUCAAAAGUUGAGGUGGAUUUGUUUGAUAAGAUGGAUUAAAAUACAUCAGCUUCAAAAGGGGUUGAUUUGCCUCAUCCUUCUUCUG